CGGAUCUCCUCCGCGCAAAUGCAGCAAUCUUAGACCUGGAAGGAGCUUGGGGCAGCACGGAGAGCCCGGCUGGGCUCCAGCGCUGAGGGGGAGACACUGAGCAAGCUCCCUGAACAGCUCCUGGAGGAGUUAGGAGGCUCCUGGAGACCCCACAGGCACCUGACCCUGGGACGUGGAUGCAUGGAGAUCUGUUAACAAAGCUUUCCAUUGCUAGUGUGCACCUGGGAGAGUUCACUGAACCUUUACCCUCCGUGGAGAGGGCCAAAAAUACCAGCCCUCUGGAUAAAUGUCCCUACAAUCCCAGGCUGAGAAGUUGGGAGAAGAAACUUGAACCAGCCAAUUAACUUUCAAGCUGCCUGCCUUUCCUUAACAAGAUCCCUCCUUCUCCAGACUUUUCAGAGGGGAAGAAUCAAAAUGUAGCAAAAGGAGUAUAACCCUGAUAUGUUCUAAGGACAGCAUCCUUCUUUCCUUAGCUCAAAACGUCCAGCAGAAGCCCAAGCAGAAGCCCACUCACCUUUUCUAGUUUCUCCUUCCUUGAAGAUUCCAGGGACCCAUCUUCAGCCAGUGUUGGAGAUGAGCUAAGAGUCCUGCUAGACCGUUCUUUGUCAUUUCAACCUGAAAAUCUUCCUUGGAAAGAGGUCUUGGCCUUGACUGUGUUAGUCCACACUCUAGAGACUACAAGCUAUUCCUAGUCUUAUCCAAGCCAUAUCAACCAGUACACCCAUCUAGACCUACCUUGGGUCUAGAGCUUCCUGCUUUGGGUGGAAAUUCUCCCCUCCCAGUCCCCUACCACAUGACUCCUUCCCUCUUUGAGCCCUACAACUAGAUCCCAAGAGGUGAGUCCGGAAUGAACCUGCUAUGGCCAAACUCUGGGUCAAGUUCCAGCGGUAUUUUCGUAGGAAACCAGUCCGUUUCUUUACCUUGGUGGCUCUCUACCUGACGGCUGGAAGCCUGGUUUUCCUGCAUACAGGCUUUGUGGGCCAACCCGCUGUGGCUGAGAAUGAGCCCAACCCAGCCGCCAGUGCUCCUGAGGGAGCUGAGCUGCCAUACCAGGACCUCCCGCACCUGGACAGGGGCUUCCGGGAGACCCCUGAGUCUCCAAAUGCUGUCCGAAGAUAUGGCCCUUGGCUCAAGAGCCCCUCAUCCAAGGAUUCACCAGAGCGGGGCAGGCUGGGAGACUACGGUGGGACCUGGAGCCGGGCCCUCAAAGGGAGAGUCCUCAGGGAGAAAGAGGAAGAAAGAGGUAAGAAGGCUGUGACCAAGGCGAAAUACGUCGGCUGCUACUUGGACAACCCCAGCAGACGGGCCCUCCGAGGAUUAUCCUUCUUUGACUACAAGAAGAUGACAGUCUUCCGCUGCCAGGACAGCUGUGCUGAGCGGGGCUACCUGUAUGCUGGGCUAGAGUUUGGUGCCGAGUGCUUCUGUGGCCACAAGAUCCAGGGGGCAAAUGCAAGCCAAGCUGAAUGCAACAUGGAGUGCAAGGGUGAGAAGAGCAACAUAUGUGGUGGUGUCAACCGACUCUCCAUCUAUCGGCUUGAGCUGGCCCAGGAAUCCGCCCGGAGAUAUGGCAGUGCCAUAUUCCGAGGCUGCUUCCAUAGGCCUGACAAUCUCUCCUUGGCUUUACCCGUGACGGCCAUGAUGUUGAACAUGUCGGUGGACAAAUGCGUCGACUUCUGCACAGAGAAAGAGUACCCCCUGGCAGCCCUGGGGGGGAAGGCCUGCCACUGUGGUUUCCCCAAUACUCGCUUCCGCCUUCACGAUCAGGAGGAUGAGCAGCUCUGUGCCCAGAAAUGCGGCGGUGAGGAGUACGAGAGCUGUGGGACGGCCAAUUAUUUCAUCGUGUACCAGACACAAGUGCAAGACAAUCGCUGCAUGGACAGACGGUUCCUCCCAGGGCAGUCCAAAGAGCUCAUUGCCCUGGCUAGUUUCCCGGGUGCAGGCAACACAUGGGCCCGGCACCUCAUCGAGCUCGCCACCGGUUUCUACACGGGUAGCUACUACUUUGAUGGCUCCCUCUACAACAAAGGGUUUAGGGGUGAGAGGGACCACUGGAGGAGCGGGAGGACCAUUUGCAUCAAGACCCACGAGAGUGGCCAGAAGGAGAUCGAAGCCUUCGAUGCGGCCAUCUUGCUCAUCCGAAACCCCUACAAGGCUCUCAUGGCAGAGUUCAACCGCAAGUAUGGUGGCCAUAUUGGCUUCGCCUCCCAGGCCCACUGGAAAGGCAAAGAGUGGCCAGAGUUUGUGAAGAAUUAUGCACCAUGGUGGGCCACGCACACGUUGGACUGGCUGAAGUAUGGCAAGAAGGUCUUGGUGGUGCACUUUGAGGACCUCAAGCAAGAUUUGUUCACUCAGCUGGAGAGAAUGGUCAGCCUCCUGGAUGUGGAUGUCUUUGAGGACAGGCUCCUGUGUGUCGAGGGCCAGAAAGAUGGAAACUUUAAGCGCUCAGGGUUGAGAAAGCUAGAGUAUGACCCUUACACCCCUGAGAUGCAGAACACCAUCAACUCCUACAUCAAGAUGGUGGACAGGGCCCUCAAAGUGAGGAACCUCACGGGAGUCCCGGAUGACUACUACCCUAGAUGAUGAGGCCUGUGGGGAGACCAGGAUUGCAAGGGUGGGGAGGGAGGAAGAUCAGGGAUCCCAGCAGAAGAGGCCAGCUCCAGAUUCUUAAGAGCUAGCCAGGUUGGGCUAAAUUUCAGUCUUGGCUUUUUGGAUGACCCAUUUUGCUGCUAUUCCCCUUCAGGCAUUCCCCGCAUGAAAACUAACUCAGCCCUAAGAGGCUGUUCAGACAUUUCCACCAAUCCAGUAGGUUGUUCAGGCACAUGCCCCCCACCCCCCUACCCCCCCCCACAAAUUUCUGUCUUUCUCCUCCUCCUCCAUUCCCCCACUUUUCCUCUUUCUUCCUUUGUCCCUGCCUAUCUCCCUUUCUUCCUACCUGCUUUCCCUUCUCUCUCUCUCUCUCUCUCUCUCUCUCUCUCUCUCUCUCUCUCUCUCCCUGUCUUUUUCUCUCUCUGUCUUCCACUACCCCAUAUGCCCCCAGUCUUCUUUCUCCUUUUCACUCUCCCUUCCCCUUCAGAAUCAUUGGAAAUAGUGGUGAUUCAAGCCCUCUUUUAUUGAACAUUUCCUUGAUCUCUACCCUUGCGCUUCAUGAUUAUUUUCAGCACCCAACUACUACAGUUUCUGCCUUGGAAUGAGAAGGUGCUCCAUUCUCUUGGGGAUAGGGACAGGAAAAGAAGUGGUCAUCCUUCAGACAUGCCCACUAAAAGAGCUGGCAAUAAACAGAAAAGCAGUCUCAGACCCUACCCCACCCCACCCUGGCUUGGUCACCUGAUCUCUACCUGGUGCUCUUCCUUCAUGCCUAACCUGAGAAUCUGAAGGUAUGAGCAGGACAGUGCUGGGCUUGGAGUCAGAAGAGACUCAAGUUGGAACCCACCUCUGACACCUAUUAGCCAUGUGACCCUGGGCAAGUCACAACUUUUCUGAGCCUCAGUUUUCAAAUCUGUGAAAUGGGGAGAAUAAUACCUAUAGCACCUACCUUUACAGGAUUGUUAUGAGAAUCACAUGAGACCACAGGUGUAGAGUGCUUUACAAGCAUUAAUGUGCAAAUCUAAAUCUCAGCUAUUAUUAUUAAAGUAUCUAGGCCAAUAUAGAAAGCACACUAGAUUUGGCAUCAGGAAGACCUGGGUUCAAGUCCCACUUCUGACCAUUAGGCUCUUAGCUUCCAUGACUUAGGUGGAAAGACAUCCCACACAGGGAAGUCCUCAAGGCUAACAAAAUCCUAGAUCCCUUGGGUUUUUAUGAAUCUGGGCUUGUUCUUUAAUAACAUCCUCUCUUUACUUAUCAAUUUCUGUUCCUAAAAUGUGGGUCCCAGGCUUCCUGAAUGGGGUCUAGGGGAGGCUGGCAGGCAAGAGGACAGCAAGGAGGAGGCCUUCAAGAGCCAAUGACUGGUAGGGACUGGUGGUGGUGAAGAAAUCUUCACUCCCUGCCCCAAACACUGCAUAGGCAUUGGAGAAAUGAUGGCCACACUGGAGAGGAGCUAGACACCCACCAGAGGGGAGUGCAGGACACACAUGAAUGGCCAGAGGGAGAGGAGGUCCUCUAUGGGAACCAGCAGACAGAAGAUCCCCUUUAUUAUUGGGUGUCUCCUUAUCCAACCCCGGGUCCAGAGAAUGGGUGCAGUGCUGGGACUAUUCAGGAAAUCACCAACAUGUAUCACAUUUCUGGGGAGCAGAUAGGGUACACCUUGGAGUCAAGAAGACUGACCUCUGCCACACACUAGCAGUGUGACCGUGGAGAAGUCACUUAACUUCUCCAGGGUUGCCAGCAACAGCCCUAAGACUACAAAAUACUAACAAAUAGGCAAUCUGUGUCAGUGGAGGGGACCUCGCCUUGGGAUCUUGGGAACUCCCCAGGUCAAUGAAAUCCUGGGUCUAGAAUAUUUAAGACAUAUUCCUCUGGCAAUUUUCUCUCCCCUUGGAGGUGGGUGCUGUAGGUUUUAUUAUCCCUACUCUGUAGACGAGGAAACUGAGGCUCAGAGGAUUUAAGGUAAGGAGGGGGUUAGAAUGCAUGGUGAUAUAUCAAACUAGAACAGGAAUCCUUAACUCUCACCCAGGUCCCUGUGCUCUCCCAGCCCCACCCACCUGGCUUGACUUCUACCUCCCUACAAACAGAAAUAGACUGGCCUCAGGCAUGCCUGCUUUUCUUGGAGAGGCUUCUAAAGGACAGGAUGGGGGUGGGACGGGAGGAAGGGAGGCAUCUCUAGACAAAAUGGCUUUUUCAUCCUGGAGGCACCAAACCAAAGGAUUUCAGGGGGCCUGAGUCACUGGAACAUCCAUCCCACAGAGACAACUUUCUUCAGCUCAGCAUGGGAAGGUGCCACCCAUCCCCCAGCCAGAGCCCUCCUCCCCAUCUUCUCAUCCUCCAAGCUCCUCAGUACCACCUGACAGCUUCCCCCCGCCCCCGACCUUGCUAUGUGGAUACAAAAGCCAUACAGUGUCCACAGAUUCUUUCCGAUUGUUUGUCCAUCAUGUGCAGCUUUCCCCAUCACUUGGAAUGUUCCCUCUCCUUUCAUCCUCUGCUCACUCCCAGGAGAGAAGCGUACCUGAAAGGUGGCUAGAGGCCAACAAAGAAAUAUAUUUUUUUAAGAGGUGUAUGAGUAAGCUGCUUCCCCUUGGGGAGCUCAAUCACACAGAAGAUGGAAUGCCCUUAAUCUCUUGAUUCUCCCUCACUCACAUUCCUUUACUUGACUUAAUCCCUCAAAUCCCUUGUCUUCAUCUGGGUGUGGACAUCUGUACACCAAGGGACACCCUGAGCCCAGGGGCCUUGGGGUCUCUGAAUGUAUUUUGUAUGCAGUUCCCUGGACUGAUUUUUAGUCUUUCUUUAGCAAAUCAAGGUGGGAGGGGGAGUUGGGGUGCCCUCAUCCUGCUUGGAUGCCGGCUCUCUGGAGGGCAGUGUGCCCAGAAGAUGGGUGCCCAAGAGCUGCUUCUGCCCAGGGCUUGGCCCAGCCACCCACCUCUGUAUGAACACUCCUCAGGUUAAUGCCAUCAUUAAAUGAGCAUUUUGUUGACUUUC